AAUUUCUAGGCGAGCCAGCGAUGAAAAACCUGCGGUGUGUCGCUAAGCUGCUCAUGCGCAAUCCACGUGUCCUCAGAUGAUAAAGAAGUUGAAAGUCUAAAAUCAGCAAAAACAUCCUGAAAAACAAGAGAUUUCACAGACAUCCUUUUUAAAAUGGUGGUAAUGACGAUGAUAGGGCGACUGCCCGAUGGCUUGCCGUUAGCUGCUUCAAUGCCUAGCGACCAGGAGACAAGUCAGGUUUUGACUCAGUAUCAGAGUCAAGCGAAAAUGCUGUUUAGAAAAUUAACAAACCACUCGCCUGCAAGGAGUAGCAUAGAGUCAGGAAACAUGAUGUUUCAUUACAUACUUGAGAAUAGUGUUUGCUUCCUCACCUUAACUGAUAAACCCUUCUCCAAAAGAGCGGCAUUCAGCUUUUUAGAAGAUAUUGCAAGUGAAUUUAACAGGGAAUAUGGACACCAAGUGUCGAGGGCAACCAGACCUUAUCCAUUUAUAGAAUUUGAUACUUAUAUGCAGAAGGCUAAGAGAAAUUACCAAGACUCAAGAACAAGAAGGAACUUGAACAGGCUGAAUGAUGAGCUUGUUGAUGUCCAGCGGGUGAUGGUGCAGAAUAUUGACGACGUGUUACAACGGGGAGAGCAGCUAUCAGGUUUGUGCAUCAUGGGUAUUAGCAAAAUGGGCCCCCAUAGCCCAGGCUAGAGAUGUCAUGAGAGAAAUGGGUUUAAAAUAUGGAUAAUAUAAUCUUGGAAAAACUACCUAAAUACGGUGGGAAAAGUGCCUUAUGGCUCUGCUAUUUUGGCAGAAGAGGGAUUAGUCACAAUUCUUGUUACUGUUUUCCCCAAGAGCCUUGUAUCUGAAAAACUAAAUUUAAAGGAGGAGCGUCACAGUAGCUCACACGACGGGAAGCCUGUGUACUAUUUUUUUAAAAUAGCCAGUCAGAGAUGUCCAUUAUACAAGAGUAUCGGGUAACAAAGAUAGUGCAAGAGAAUCGCGCUAGUUAAUCGUACAUAUAUGCUAUUUACCAGCUGGGAGGUCCGUAUGGUGAAAUACCGUGACAAUACUAUAGUAUUUAUGCAGGUAAAUUUCUAGAGUGAUUUGUCUUUUUUCUUAGUAUGAAGUGACGAUUUGCUGCCUUUUUUUAUCCCAAAUACACUUUCAGCAAACGUGAAAUUGUCGCGCACAUUGCAAAAUCAUUAUGGCUGGAAAUUGUCAAAACACAGGGAGUUUGAAGCCGAUUUUCCGUAAUGUCAAUGAUUCUACAUAAAAUGACAAAUAAAAUGCUGUUUUAGUGUGAAGAUCUAUAACCUCGGGAGAAAAAAUCGAUGGGGAUUUUACAAAUCAAGUCACUAUUUCGAGCUUUGGAGGCAAGCAGUCCGGGGUCGUAGGAUACCGGACCUCACGAGAGCCAAUCAGAGUGUGCAAUUUGAUGGAUACCUGACCUCGAAAAAAAUAAUGUUUGUUAUGACUCAAAUCCCCUGAGAAAUAUCUUAUUUCUUGAUAAAAUAAGCGUCUAUGUUUUUAGCGCUUGGAGAGGUCCCUGGAGGCCAUAUCAAAGGCUUCUAAGGCAAUGUUGUGGUUCGUAUUCAAUGUUUAUUUCAUUUAAAUUCCAGGGUUACGAUUCGGAUCUUUGCAUGGCUGAACAAAUAAAUUACACUUCCCUCUACUAACAAAAUAUUCAAACUUUGCCGGUUAUUCUUCAAAGGUGAUGACUGUGACUGUGAUUAGGAAUAAGCAGAGACCACCAGUAGCCAAAAUAUCCAAGAUAAA